UAUGAGUGUGUCUUGCAAAAUAUGUGUGUGAGAGGGAGGUGAAGGGAGGGUUUUGGGAGAGUCGCCCAUUUUUCCUUAGACUGUUUUCAUUGUGGAAAUACUUCAAUCUGAUCUGUACAAGGAGAAAAGUUAUACCUCCUUGGGUAAUUCCUGAAUACUGCAAUUCCUGGGUGUUCACAAUGAAACUCUUUCACCGUCUUUGGCUUUUUAUCCUGUGGCUGAACGUGGAUGAAUCUUUACAGCAGAAUGAGGUGAAAUGUCCGGUGCCUGUGAUUGAAAAUGGAUAUGUGCCUGGAGAUAUCCAAGAGUACAAUGAAAACGAAAUCCUGCAUUUUUUGUGCAAUCCAACAUACAAGCGCACUGAGGAUAGACCUUCAAAGUGUACAAAACUAGGAAUAAAAGUAGAGUGGAGCCCCACACCUGCAUGUGAAGCAAUAACAUGUAGACUGUCACUGCCGCCACUCGAAGGAACCAGGUAUGACCCUCCUUUCAGAAAUCUGUUUUCACCUGAUGACGUAGUAAAAAUAACAUGUGGAGACAGGUACUGGAUUUCUGUCCUUCAAAACACCUCAGCAGUUGCUACAUGCAAAGAUGAUGGAGAGUGGACUUUCACACCAAUAUGCAGAGAAAUUACAUGUGAUCGAAAAGACCCACAUGUGUAUUACUGGGAUGUCUAUUCGGGACAAAAUAUAACAUUGGAUGAGACUGUAAGUUAUUGGUGUAAACCAGGCUACAAUAGCACAGAUGGCGCCACCUGGGCCACAUGCACCAGAGAUGGCUGGAGACCAAAUCCACUCUGUCAAGAAAUUACAUGCAACAGGCGUGAUGUCCAGAAUGCAGAUAUUUUGAACAAUAAGCAGAAAUACAGUUACCAUGAGCGGGCCAAUUAUCUCUGCAAGGAUGGUUAUGAAGGACGUUUUUAUCUAACCUGUGGGGAAACUGGUUGGAACGGAAAUCCACAAUGUAGAGAGGUAACAUGCAACAGAAAAUAUUUCACAAAUUCAGACAUUGAUGGAAACUCUCAGUCAUUAUACAGGUACAAUGACCGGGUCGAGUAUGUCUGCAAAUAUGGUUAUGAGGGACGUUUUUCUCUAACCUGUGGACAAAAAGGUUGGAUUGGGUCUCCACAAUGUACAGAGAGACCAUGUAAAAAAGUCAACAUCAGUAAUGCAUAUAUUACACGCAAUGAGAAGAUAAGUUACAACCACCAUGAACGAGUCCAAUUUGCAUGCAGGAACAACAGUAAAAGACGUUUUACUGUUGUCUGUAGCCAAGGUAAUUGGACUGGGAUUCAGAGUUGUACAGAGAAAAGCAAGUGUGGACAACUUCCUGUAAUUCCUAAUAGGGAAGUGACAUCUCAGCGUAACAAAUAUGGGCAAGGUGAAAGUGUCCCGAUUAUUUGUAAGGAAGGAUACAUCGCUCAGAUUAAUCACGUAACGUGUGUUGAGGGAAAAUGGCAUUCAGAUGGAACAUCACUCAAAACAAUCUGUGCACCUAUUGCCAGUCACUGUGCUCCCCCGCCUAAAGUUGAAAAUGCUGUUGCUGUGACUUCAUACCAGAGGGAAUACUUGUCUGGCUCUGAAGUAACUUAUCGAUGCCGUGAUCAUUAUACAAUGGAAGGAGACGCCACAAUUAUAUGCAACAAUGGGCAAUGGGAGGAGAAGAACAUUACAUGCACACCUCCCACUCUGGAACAGUGAUGCAGAUUUUCCUCGAGGUCCAAAGAAGGCUCAGUGAAAAUACCCCCCCCCCCCAAAA